CGGGGAAUCCCGCUAAGUGUUUGGUUUUCUUCGCGGCGCCGCGGACUCGCCAGUGCGCGCUACUCCUUCGUCGAGGUAGGACGCGCUCUUAGACUGGUCUGAGCCGAGCCAAACCAGGCCGAGCCGAACCAAAGUCUGCCGUGGCCCGCGGACCCCAGCAUCCCGGGGAUUCUUCGCUCGCUCUCUGCGCUCAUCGCGUAUCUACACCGCAACCCGUGUCUCGCUCUCGGGUACCCUCUGUGGAUCGCUCCUGCUGCAAAGCCACCAUGCCUAUCACUCGGAUGCGAAUGAGACCCUGGCUAGAGAUGCAGAUUAAUUCCAACCAAAUUCCGGGACUGAUCUGGAUUAAUAAAGAAGAGAUGAUCUUCCAGAUCCCAUGGAAGCAUGCUGCUAAGCACGGCUGGGACAUCAACAAGGAUGCCUGUCUGUUCCGGAGCUGGGCCAUUCACACAGGCCGAUACAAAAUAGGAGAAAAGGAACCAGAUCCCAAGACAUGGAAAGCAAACUUCCGUUGUGCGAUGAACUCCCUGCCAGACAUCGAGGAAGUGAAGGACCAGAGCAGGAACAAGGGCAGCUCGGCUGUACGAGUGUACCGGAUGCUGCCACCCCUCACCAAGAACCAGAGGAAAGAGAGAAAAUCCAAGUCCAGCCGAGACACUAAGAGCAAGGCCAAGAGGAAGCUCUGUGGAGAUGCCAGCCCUGACACCUUCUCUGACGGACUCAGUAGCUCCACACUGCCCGAUGACCACAGCAGCUACACAACUCAGGGCUACCUGGGUCAGGACUUGGACCUGGAGCAGCAUGACCUUACUCCAGCACUGUCGCCCUGUGUCGUCAGCAGCACUCUCCCGGAGUGGCACAUGCAGGACAUUAUGCCAGACAGUACCAGCGAUCUGUAUAACUUGCAGGUGUCGCCCAUGCCCUCCACCUCUGAAGCUGCCACAGAUGAGGACGAGGAAGGGAAGUUACCUGAGGACAUCAUGAAGCUCUUUGAGCAGUCCGAAUGGCAGCCAACAAACGUGGAUGGCAAGGGAUACUUGCUCAAUGAACCAGGAGCCCAGCCUUCUUCUGUCUAUGGAGACUUCAGCUGCAAGGAGGAACCAGAGAUUGACAGCCCUGGAGGGGACAUUGGGAUGGGCCUACCACGAUCCUUCACAAGUGUGGACUCCAUCUGGAUGGACAACAUAAACAUGCUGCCCUCCGCUGUCAGGCUGCCCCCCAUUCAAGCUAUUUCUUGUGCACCAUAGUUUGUGUCCCUGACCCGUUCUUGCCCGUCGUGGCGGCUGUGAAACAGAAAAGCGAGAUUGCUGUGGGCCCCACUGCCGUACGGAGAAAAGCCCACCCCACCCUCCUUGGGUCAGUGGACUCUGAGGACUUGGAAGGCCACGGACUGAGUUCUUCUUGUGGGUGAAGCUGGCCCUAACUCCUGUAAAAAUGGAGUUGGGGUUCUGAGAUUGCUGUGAGGGCGGAGGACACAGGCAGGAGUCAUCCUCUGGUUAUUUUUUUUUUUUUUUACACUCCAGCCUUGUUGCCUGGAGAGGAUCUUGUCACUGGGCUGGCCCUGAGGGGAACAGGCUGGUGACCUCAGAAAAGAGCACAGCCCUGACCCCGGGGCUGGCUCUGCACUGGGAGACAAUUGCACUAAGUGAGUCUUAUUCCCAAAGAAUUGCUGCCCUUCCCAGCCGAGCCCUGGGAUGGUUCCAAAGCCAGUGAAAUGUGAAGGGAAAAACAGGGCCCUGUGAGGCUGGGUUCCCUUGGCCUCCGAGCUCUGCCUCACCACCUGCUCCAGCUGUGGGGUUCAGGAAAAGCAUGGCACUUUCUCUGCGGACCUUGUCACAUUCUGGUCAAAGGCGUACACUAACAUUUCUCCCCAGUUCUUGGCCUUCACAUUAUUUAUACAGUGCCUUGCCUGGUGCCCACGGUCUCCUCAGGCCUCGGCAGUCCUCAGCAGGCCCAGGGAGGGGUUGUGAGCGCCUUGGCGUGACUUUAACUAUUGGAAACGCCACCUAACUACAAAAUUGUGUUUGAUCACAUAUGGAUCUGUGUAAAUAUGUAUAUUUGUCUUUUUAUAAAAUGUUAAUUGUU